ACUUACUUCUGCCUCUCUAUUAGAACAGAUGCACUCUGUGCUCUGGGUUCAUCUUUGAACUAAGCUUUCUAGGUCUGGUCUGGUCUUUAAUCAACUUGGUGUGCAGCAAUCAUGAAGAUCUCCUACUUUCUGCUGCUGAUCCUCUCUCUAGGCAGCUCCCAGAUCAACCCAGUUUCUGGUGACGAUUCAAUACAAUGUUUUCAAAAGAAUAACACCUGUCACACCAACCAAUGCCCAUAUUUUCAAGAUGAGAUCGGCACGUGUUAUGACAGAAGAGGCAAGUGUUGCCAAAAACGCCUUUUGCAUAUCAGAGUUCCAAGGAAGAAGAAGGUGUAACCAGUUAUAAUAAAGGAAAACACCCUGA